UCUUCGCUAAACCAAUUAAAUAAUAAUGGCUUCAGCUCCAUACUUGGAUGACUUUGAGAGCAGUUUGAACAAACUCCCUGAAGAGUUACAACAAAAUUUAACUCUGAUGCUCGAUCUCAACUCUAAAUCUCGAAAACUGAUGGAUGAAGCUGACAAAAUGGCCGACGAUUAUAUUUCAAACAUCAGAAAAUAUUCGGUAGAGAAACAGAAAGGAAUAAUGUCAAAAAUACAAUCCAAAUUUGAUGAAGCAAAAAACAUAUCUGAUGAUAAAGUUCAACUGUCAAUACAAAACUAUGCAUUGGUUGAUAAACAUAUUCGGAAGUUGGAUACAGAACUAUUGAGAUUUAAAGGAAAAACUCAAUUGCAAACUGAUAUGCGUGACACUGCCAUAAAGGCUAAAAUUAAUUUACCACCGAAAAAAGGAGGUUCAAAAUUAAAAGGUCCAUCUACAUCCAGUGCUGUCACUGGUCCAUCAAACCAAACCAACAGCGUAGACAAUGUUGCAGUAGCGACUAGUUGCCUUUCUGGUGCUUCAGUUGGUCAUAGAAUCGCACAUUCGGCUUAUGUCGACAUGCCUAUCGAUCCCAAUGAACCAACAUUUUGUCUGUGCAAACAAGUAUUGUUUGGUGAAAUGAUAGGCUGUGAUAACCCAGAUUGUGAUAUUGAAUGGUUCCACUUUGAAUGUGUCAGUUUAACUACCAAGCCCAAAGAAGAAUGGUUUUGUCCAAACUGUGUAAAAGACAAGAAGAAAAAAUAA